AUGUCUGUCAGGUGGAAAUUGAACAGACAGAAUCAUGGAGACAAAAGGCUUCCCAAAGAUGAUGAUGACUGUGGGGUCUGUAGUAUUCAUUUAUUUUCUGUUAUAUUACAGUAUUCUGACAAGUCCCUGUACACCCAGCUGUGCUUUUACCGGUACAUUUUUGAUGUGGAGUGUGCACUGGAGAAACUUACUACUGAUCAUGAGAAAGAUAAAUUGAAGAAGCAAUUUUUUACCCCCAAAGUUAUGCAGGAGUACAGAAAACUCAAGAACACAGCAGAGCAGUUCUUGUCCCGAAGUGGCUACUCUGAAGUGAACCUGAGCAAACUCUUCGCUGGUUGUGCUGUGAAGUCCUAAGGGAAUCCCAGGAGUAACCAAGGAGGGGUAGUUGAAAAGUCCCAGCUUCCUCUGUGCCUCUGCUCUGGCCCUAACUGCUCCUCCAGCAUGUUUCUCCCUUGGGACUGUGUCUCAUAUGUGUGUGUGAAUGUAGAUCAGGAAGGGGAACUGCAAAAAUGUUUAGUCUAGUGUUCCUAAGUAUCCUAGAAGCUCCUGUCUUCAUAUGAAGAUAUACUGCUUUAAAACACAAUUCCAGAGCCCCUCCGCAAGCACCUGAAGACCCGGUUUGCUACUUGGUUUGCUACUUGGAUUGAGCGUAGCUGGAAUAGAAGUGACCCCAGGCUUUGCCCCAGGGCCUUUAGCCUAGGUCCCCUCCCCAGAAAGAGAGGUUCUCAGAGCCUGACUGAAGAGCUGAUGUUUUGCCUUUUCAGGUGCCAAGUAAAAUCAGUCUAAAUCUAAAUGCUUCUCCAGCCAUCCAGGAGUGGCUGUCCUUUUCAGUCUGGUUUUUUUUU